UUUACAAAUUGAGACGAAAUUGAAAAGAGGAAGAAGAAUAAAAGGGGGGAAAAAAGGGCAAAGUGGUGUAAAAACCGUUAGAUAAAGUAAAGUUAAAGGCAGAUGGACAUAUAUAUCGUUUGUAAUCGGUGGUGUCUUGAUUAAAAAGGUCCGAAGAAAAAAGUAACUUGUCAGAGAGUGGGGUUAUACAGGUAAAAAUAAGAAGAAGGCGGCGUUAACGACCGGUAGCCGAGGUAACUCAUCGAGAAAACCGUUUAAAGAGGGACUUACGUCGGCCUCCGGCGGCAGAUCGAACGAGCCGAGUAUAUAGAAAGAGAAAAAGAGAAAAAGAGAGAAAGAGAGAAAGAGAGAAAGAGUCGAGUCGAGGGAUCAGAUGCCACCUCGUAAACCGAUCCCUUGGUUCCCGAUAUUCGCGAACAAACCGUUCUGACGUGUGGGAGAGUAAGAGGAUUGACCGACCGGCGCCUAGAGUGUUGGCGUGUCGUUUCUAGAAAACACCUAUAUCCAACAUACGAACAAUACGAACAAAACGACAAACAGCAAGAAAAAGAAGAAGAAGAAGAAGAAGAAGAAGACUGUUAAUAAUGCGAGAGUAUCGAAGAUGUAGUACGUGGUUAGUGGACCGGGUGCAGCAUCCUCCGUUCUCAUCAAGAAUCGGCUUUCCAAGGCGGAAGUGAUGGGGCCCUUAAAAGAUGUUAACAGGUGGUAGACAGAUAAUAUCCAAUUAAAUCGAGCGUACUUAUUAAUAAUCGCUUGAAAAUACAAUAUAAAAUAGAGGGGGAGAGAGAGAGAGAGAGAGAAAGAGUAAGAGUAAAGAGAGUAGAUGAGAACGUCAUGCCCACUGAGAUCGACACGGGCGGGCAAAGGGUGCUGCACUGUGAUUACCGUGCCGACUGCCCUCUACCAAUCCUCUUAUCAACAUCUACUAAGAAAGACGAGCUACUUCUAAGGCUCUCGAAUCCUAUCAUCGAGAGUUCUCACGAAAGGUCGCAUGAAAGGUCUCACGAAAGGCAUCAUCAGGAAAUUCGAGUCAUCGGUGAAGUCAAUAAUCGUCGUGGUUGUACUCGACGUCUGAAUCGAUAUGAGGAUCGCAUUCAACGAAAUUGUUGUUGUCGUCGUCGUCAUCAUCAUCAUCAUCAUCAUCAUCAUCAUCACAGUUAUCAUCAUCGGCGGUAUAGAUCUAACGUUGAUCUUCCCAAGGACUCUGAAUCUAUAUUAACCAAUGAGAAUGUCGUUACUUAUAUCUCCGGACCAUGCACGAGUAUUACGACGACGACGACUACUAUUACUACUACUUCUAGUUCCACUAAUGCUGCUGCCACUGCUGCUACUGUUAAUAUAUAUAAUACUUGGUGGAACACCGCUACCACGACGACCAAGACGACGAGCAAAAGAUUUUCCAACAGAAGAAGCUUGUCUUGUUCCCUAGAGACUAUUAUUCAUCGACGCUUACGGUCCAGGACUGUUUCCUUACCAAGGAAAUUCCGUGAUCGGAGCUACCAACGUACGAAUUAUUCAUCUUCCUUCGCUAAGGAAGAUCGCAAACUUUAUUCGUGCAAAAACUUUUCUAACAAUGAUCGGACAUUCUCGUUAUCAUCGACUAUAUCCUUAUCAUCCUCGUCGUCGUCGUCGUCGUCCUCUUGUUCGUCUAUUAACUCGAGGAGUCGCGUUAUUCGAAGAAAUACGCUAUUAUUUUCUAGUCAUCGCUCGCGAUCCUUUUCUUAUCGCGAGAAGGAACCUCUUAAACGGGCUGCUGAUCGAUCGAGUUCAUUGUCCAAUAACUCUUCUUCCUAUUCUUAUGCAUCUUCUACGGGGAGUGUCAUUGACUAUAAAGUAUCUCAUAAAUUUCCUUUAAACUGGUUUACAAAAUCCUCAGAAUCGUCAUGUUCAUCAUCGCCACCGCUUCCAGCACCACUACCAACACCAUCACCAUCACCUUCUUCUUCUUCUUCUUCUUCUUCUUCGUUUUCUUCUUCUUCUUCUUCUUCUUCUUCUUCCUCUUCAUCCACCUCCCGAUCCUGGAGAUUUUUCGCCAAUACCAAAUACGCAUUGAAACAAAAGUGCCGUUUCUACUUUCAGCUAGCCUUCCUUUUAUUUCUUCUUGCGUUUGGCCAUAGUGGACUAUUAAAAUCGAGUGUGCUUAAGUUUAGUGCGAGAUCAUAUUCUUUGUCAUCGUCAUUAAACGGGAUUAAUCCCGGAAAGUUUGCUGCUUUAGUUGCAAUCGGUAGUAUCGUUGGUAGUGUUGUAGUAAGUGCUGCACCGAUCGACUUGAUUACUGACGCCGGUGUCAGAGCUGAGAGAUCGGCCAAUCUCUCCCACAUUACUGGUGCCUCCAGGAAGAUUCAGAUGUACAUCAAGAAUCGACAUCUACAGAUUUUGCCUGAUGGCACGGUUAACGGAUCCAAUGACGACACUUCCGACUACACGAUUUUUCAAAGGAUGUCGGUGUCGAGAGGUCAACUGAGGAUCCAGGGUGUCGCGACUUGCCUUUACCUCUGUAUGGAUUCCUGCGGUCUGCUUUAUGGCUCGAGGGAGUACACGGAGGAUUGCGUGUUCAACGAGACGUUGGAGCAGCACAACUACAACACGUACAGCUCGGUAAAAUGGUCGACCGGAAAGAGGACUCUCUACCUUGGAUUAAAUCGUCGUGGACAACCGAGGAGGGUCCAAGCUAAGGAUCAUACGCUCGGUAGAUUGUCGACUUAUGCGAGGGUGCUCACGCAGGUAGCACCGCCGGAUCGAGUGGAAGCCCUUCAAAGGAAGAUGAUGGGUGCCGAGCACAAUGUACGCCAUCGUCACGGCAGUAGUCAUGCUCAAAGGCAACGACAUCAUCAGGAAAAUCAUCAGGGUGAUUUGAGUCAGCAGCAGCAGCAGCAACAGACCAUUUGUCCGAAUCUCCCAACUCAAGAGAAGGAUGGUAGAGACAAGUUUAGAUGUCGCAAACGUAAAAAGAGAAAGAAGAGAAAACGUCGAUGUAGACCCGGGGAAAAAGUUGGUCCGCAGUGUCAAUUACCGGAAGAUCGAGAAACGUUGUCGUCAUCUGUUGCAACCUGUGAGGGUACUGCCAAUGAGGAAACGUGUAGGAAGCAAACCGCGAAUUCGAAAAAAAAGAAAUCCCGAAUGGGGAUUGAGGAAAGCUCGUUGGAGGGUCCAGGAGAAUCACCGACGACUACCACCACCACCACCACCACCACCACCACCACCAACAGCAACAACAACAACAACAACAACAACAGCAACAGCACCGAAACGGACGACGUGUCGCCAGUGGAUGUUCAGCCGAGCAACGCCACCAGCACCACCACCACCACCCACGAGGACGAGAAGGAGGAGGAUGAGGAGGAGGAGGAGGAGGAAGAGGAAGAGGAAGAGAAGAAGGAGCUCCUCAGCACGAGCAUCGGUAAGAACCUUGAACAAGCAACGUCAAAAAAGUCAAACGUCGCCGGCACCAUUAGUCAAAGUAAAAAGCCUGAUUUGCUGGACGGAAAGAAGAAGAAGAAGAUGAAGAAGAAGAAGAAAAAGAAGAGGAAGAGAGGUGGUCCCGCUUGGGUAAAGAGGAGGAGGAACCCGUUAUCCAGGAAGAAGGAGGAUCGGGGGGAGGAGGGAGAAACCGAAGUCGAAGCCGAAGCCGAAGUCGAAGCCGAGCCAGAAGUCAAGGGGGAUCAUCAUCCAGAGCUGCAGGAGGAGGACGACGACGAGGAGGAGGAGGAAGAGGAAAAGGGAAAGAAGAGAGCGAGGAAAACGAUUGCGAAAUUGGAAGCAGUCGUGGAAAUACCGUCGAUAUCCGCGACGAUCUCCUCGCUUUCCUCAUCCUCCUUCUCUUCGGCCUCCUCCAAACGAAAGAAGAACGCGUCCCAACAGCGGCUCCUCCUUGGCGUUAGACGAAGACUCGUACAAAGGGUCAACGACAAAACCACGACGACGACGACGACGACGACGACGACAACGACGACGACGACGACGAGGACGAUUAAAACUAUAGUUCCUGAGACACGUUCGAAAGAUUAUUGGAAUUUUGGUGGGUUCGAAUCUAAUGCGACCACCGAACGUUUACUCGGUUUUGAAAGACUAGCCAUGUAAACGAUAACACAACACAACUCAACAACACAUCACAAACAAAAUAUCAUUAUCGAGUGCAUGUACAUAUCUAUAUUUUUGUUGUUCGAAUGACUUCUUCCGGUGAAACUAUGUCUCUCUCGCUUUAUUUCUAUCUCUAUCUCUUAUCCUUCAUUUUGUAUUCUUUGUAUGUUUUAUUGUCGAAACGUAACACCUUUCCUAUGUAAAAGCGGCGCGCAACCAUUUCUCUUAUCUAAGAGAAAAUACUCGUUGCUCCGUUAACGACGCCAUUCGCAUGAUAUCGCGAUAGGUUCAAAUGAUCCUUCCAAGUUAUAUCCCAAUUCAUAAAUUUGUCAUUUUUAAUUUCCAUAUUGAAAAUAUUUCGAAAAGAUGGACGAAAAUAAGAGAAUAGAAUAGAAGAGAGGAGAGAGAGAGAGAGAGAGAAAAUGAAAAAUCGUUGUUCGGAUAUAUGUCAUAGAGAUAUCCUCGAUGUAUUUUUCAAAGGCAGUAAAUUAGUCGCUUUGUGAAAGAACAGUUAAUCAAAAUUUCUCAAACGCUACUGUAGUAGAAGACUUUCAAACGAAAAUAGAAAAAGACAAAAAAGUAGAAAUAGAGAGAGAGAGAGAGAGAGGGAGAGAGAAAUAAAAAAAAAAAAAACGAAAAAGAGAAAAUGUUUUGCGUGACGCAGAAGAGGAGAGAGAUCCGAUCGAACCUAAAAUUCCUAGAUCCUCCGAUCGUCUUGUGGAUCUUUCAAACAUGAGAGUCGUAAAAAAAAAAAAAACAAAUUGUUCGAU